AUGGACCAAGAAGCCCAUCAGCGCGGCCGCGCUCUGUCCGCGGGGCAUCAGCGUCAGCCUCAUUUAAGGCAAUCCCCUUCUCCUUCCCCUGGUCAAUUUCCUCCCACGAACGAGACAAACGCCAUCCUUGGGUUGGGCCUCGACCAGUGUACUGCUCCCUCUCAAAGCGCCGACUUCACGUCGUUCAACGGCGCCAACGAUUUCCUCGACGGCCAACAGCACCACAACCACAACCACAACCAGGCUUUCGCGCACCCUUCCCUUCAGGGCCCCUCCAACUCUACCGCCUUCGCCGCCAACCAGAACCAGUCGGGCUUUCUCGACCCAAACUUCGCUUCCGGCGCCGACUUCUCUCUCUUUCCCGGUGGCAGUAACGGCUCAUGUAACGACCCUACGGCCGACCACUUCAGCUCGCCUCUCUUUGACCAGAGCUUCGGGUCUGACGAUAUGACUUCCAUGACAAUACCACCAACUCAUCACUCCUCCGCGCCUUCGCAUCUCCUCAACCCCGAUGCCCAUCACUCGCCAUCCUUCAACCAGCAUCAGUUCUCGUCUCCAUCUGGUGGCGGCCAUUCGAGGCACGCAUCUCUCGGCCCCGAAGCUGCCCUACUGCCCAGUCAGCUGAACGAAUGGAGCCAACCCCAGUUCCAGUCUCAUAGGAGGAGUCCUUCCGCGCAUUCUGAAGUGUCAUCGGCAGCGCACUCCCCGAAUCUCGUGGGCUCGGAUACAUUCGAUCCCGUCGACCACCACUCCCCCUUGCAGCAACCCUCGGACCCGGCCCUGUAUUCCCAGAUACAGGGCUUCGACAACUUUACCAUUUCUGACCCAACGCACAGUAGCCCGAACCUCCCUUCUCGGAGCCCCUCGCACAGCCCCAUCGUCUCUCCUCGCAUCCUUCCUGAAUCGGUGCCCGAGAUACAUCAACAACUACCCAACUUCAGCGGCAUGGGCAACCAGAACGCCGGUUAUACUGGACUCCAGGCUCACGAGGCCUUCCCCUCCUUUCAACAACACGGCGGCGGGCCUGAUAUGUCCCAGGUUGCCCCUUCGAUCAAUAUCGAGUUCGCCCCAACAGCUAAGCAAAAUGCUUUUGAACCUUCCAAGACGCCCAUAGACCAGGAUUCCUUGACCCCGCCGGAAAGAGGUCGUCCCCGUUCUCGCCCGCGCGCAUCGACGGAUCCCUUCAACAACGGAGGCAUUGUUGUAGGGCGAAUCCACAGCCCUGGCCUGUCCCCGAACUUGAGCUCCAAUACGGCUGCGCGGUCCGACGCCUCGCGAUCGCUUUCGCCCCUUGACCGCCAAGCUACGAGUCCGUCCCGUAGGCGUCAGUCGACAUCAGCAGUACCUAAUAAUGUCAUUGCUCUUAGGCUGGCGGAUCCGGAAUAUCAAAACACCCAGGACAAUGGCACCACCAAAAGGGUACAGAAGCACCCGGCGACGUUCCAGUGCAAUCUGUGCCCCAAACGGUUCACUCGAGCCUAUAAUCUGCGAUCCCACUUGCGGACGCACACGGACGAGCGACCGUUCGUCUGUACGGUCUGCGGCAAGGCGUUCGCCCGGCAGCACGAUCGCAAGCGACACGAAGGACUCCAUUCCGGGGAGAAGAAAUUCGUGUGCAAGGGUGAGCUCAAGGCAGGUGGGCAGUGGGGUUGCGGCCGGCGCUUCGCGCGAGCCGACGCGCUCGGUCGCCAUUUCAGGUCGGAGGCUGGUCGCAUCUGCAUCAAACCGCUGCUUGACGAGGAGAUGAUUGAGCGGCAAAGAACCCUGCAAGAACAGCACAGGCAGCAAAACAUGGCACAGGGCCUAGUCGCGCCUCAUUCCGCCAUGGCAGUGGAUACGGGCCCCGGGUAUUCCAUGGAAGCAACUGGCCAGUGGCUGCCACAAGCCCUGCUCGCCCAGUACCCUGUGCUAGCUGGCAUAAACUGGUCGGCGCCAGAUGCCAGUAGCGGUCUGGAGGAUGAGCUGUCAGGACGGUCGUCGUUCGAUGCCAGCGAUUAUGAAGGCGACGAAGGCGGGUACGUCAGUGGGCCGGGUACGGGCUUCGGCGACGGGGGAGUGAACCAGAAUUUCGGGGAGGUGGGAUAUGCCAGUGACUAUGGGAGUCGAUAA